CCGUGGUGACGUCUCACCACUUCCUGUCUCCACCCGUUGGCAGCCAUGAUGCAGGAAGGGCUGGACGACGGACCCGACUUCCUCUCCGAGGAGGACCGGGGACCGCGGGCGGUGAACGUGGAUCUGCAGACAGAUGCUACGCUGCAGGUGGACAUCUCCGACGCCCUGAGUGAGAGAGACAAGGUCAAGUUCACUGUCCACACCAAGAGCACGCUCCCUAACUUUAAGCAGAACGAGUUCUCUGUGGUUCGACAGCACGAGGAGUUCAUCUGGCUGCACGACUCGUUUGUGGAGAAUGAAGACUACGCAGGAUAUAUCAUCCCCCCCGCCCCCCCCAGACCGGACUUUGAUGCUUCCAGAGAGAAGCUGCAGAAGCUGGGGGAGGGAGAAGGAUCCAUGACAAAGGAGGAGUUCACCAAGAUGAAGCAGGAGCUGGAGGCAGAGUACCUGGCCAUCUUUAAGAAGACCGUCGCCAUGCAUGAGGUCUUCCUGUGUCGCGUGGCAGCUCAUCCUGUCCUCAGGAAAGACCUCAACUUCCACGUCUUCCUGGAGUACAACCAGGACCUGAGCGUUCGAGGGAAGAACAAGAAGGAGAAACUGGAGGAUUUCUUUAAGAACGUGGUGAAGUCGGCCGACGGCGUCCUGGUGGCCGGAGUCAAGGACGUGGACGAUUUCUUUGAGCAUGAGAAGACGUUUCUGUUAGAGUAUCACAACAGAGUGAAAGACGCUUCGGCCAAAUCUGACAGAAUGAUUCGCUCUCACAAAAACGCUGCAGAUGACAUCAACAGAAUCGCCUCGUCUCUCUACACGUUAGGAACGCAGGACUCCACAGACCUCUGCAAGUUCUUCCUCAAAGUGUCUGAGCUGUUUGAGAAAACCAGGAAAAUCGAGGCUCGAGUUGCAGCAGAUGAAGACCUGAAGCUCGCCGACCUCCUGAAGUAUUACCUGAGAGAGUCUCAGGCUGCAAAGGAUCUGUUGUACCGGAGGAGCCGGGCUCUGGUGGACUACGAGAACGCUAACAAGGCUCUGGAUAAAGCUCGAGCCAAAAACAGAGACGUCCUGCAGGCCGAGACCAGCCAGCAGCUCUGCUGCCACAAGUUUGAGAAGAUCUCUGAGUCUGCCAAGCAAGAGCUCAUAGACUUUAAGACUAGACGAGUGGCAGCGUUCAGGAAGAACCUGGUGGAGCUGGCAGAGCUGGAGCUCAAACACGCCAAGGGGAACCUCCAGCUGCUGCAGAGCUGUCUGGGCAUCCUCAAAGGUAACACUUAACUGUACGACUCCGCCUACAUCCGACUGGACACGCCCGUCACCGCACCCCCACCCAUCUCAGCUGAGCGCGCCCGGGGGGCGGAGCCUGAGCAGACGGACGAAAGACACCGAGAGACCAGAGGGUUCUGUCGUCUUCAUCGCUAACCAGACACCAUCCUCUUCAUCAUCUUCACCCUCCUCUUUGUCCUCAGCGUCUCCCUCUCUCUCCAGUAGCUCCUGUACUGGUCCCACUAGUCCAGUAUCAGACCUGCAGUGCUUGCCCUGGUUCUCCUGGUCCAGUGUAAGACCUACAGCACCCGUACUGGUCCUACUGGUCCAGCAGAACCAGCUGGGUCAGUGUGGUUUUCUUUCUUUCCUGAGUGAUGUUCAUGUGGAGCUGUUGUAGAAGAAUUAAAUGUGUCUCAGACCAGUCUGUACAAUCUGGUUGGAUCAGUUGGAUUCUGAUGUAACUGGGACCAGGUGUCUGAUUAGGUGCGAGUGCUGAUUCAGUGCCUCAGUUUCAGUUCUUCUAGCGAAUCAGUGCUUUCUCCUGUAACUUACUCGGAGAAACACAAAACCUUUUUUUCUUGGACUAAAAUAUUCAGUCUGAAACUAGAGAGAUGAUGAUUUUAUUCUGAACCGGUUCAGACCGGACCGAUCUGGAUUUGACUGGACGGUUUCUGACACCCAGCACAGAUGUGAGACACCGACCUGAAGCAGAACACAAACACACGUGAACAUCACUGGGAGGAGACUGGGCUGAUCCAGUGUGCUGCUUCUGGAGGUGGAAUCUCCAUCGGAACCAGUCCUUUCCGUCUCUUUCUGGCUCAUUCUAGUCUCAUUUUCUUCAAAUAAACUAAAGUGUGGGAAAACAGAAAUGUGAUGAGAUUAUUUCACUUGUUGAAAUGAGACUGAAAAGACUCAGAACUGACGAAAGCUACUCGAUGGCGUGGAGAUUUUUUGCUGUCAAGAUUUUCCACUCGUGUCAUGUCUCUCUGUCUUCAUCCUCUUCAUCCUCUGUUCUCUGCCGGCUUUUUUUUUGGCUCUGUGUGUGUGUGUAUGUGGACUUGUUUUUAUGUCCUGGUGGGGACUUAAACCUGACUGCACACCCCACGGGGACUCGUGUCACUGCUGGGUAGAGAGUGCUGUUUGAGGGUUCAGACUGAGUUUUGGUUAAGAUUACGGAAUGCAUUAUGUCAACCAGUGUCCUCACAAAGACAUAAGUACAAGUGUGUGUGUGUCUGGGGGUCAUUUUAUUGUGUCGGUGAACUUCCUGUGCUGCUGCUGUGUGACGGCGUUUUGAGUCCAGCUCUCGGUUCCUGUUCUUACUAAAGUGUAAUGUCACUAAAUAAAAUGAAAAAAAAAAGCCUUGUACAUGUUUGUAUUAGUUAACUAAU